AUGGCAGACGAGCCAGCCGUCAUUUCUACUAUUGGUCAUGUCUUUACCGGCAGGGGCAAGACACAAACUGAUCCAAGGAAUAAAUGUUACCCUGGAAUGGAGAUCCUUCACCGUUCCCACAAUGCAUCGCCACAUCCUCCGGAGGCCAAUUAUGGGUUUGGGAACUACUUCACGGUGUCCACUGCUUUUGGUGGGUUUGUACCAUCUCUCUUGAAUAUGCAGUUCCAUGGUUUUCAUGAUGCAACUGUAUAUGGGACCAUGUUUGGUUACCUCUUUGGAAUUAACGUUUUUCGCCACGACGACAAUGUUCUUCAUCGAUGCCUAUUCUGGAGUCUAUCCCUUUUUGCUACUUUAUUGGAGCAGCAAGACAAGAGAGAAUUGUAA